UUAGCUUAUUUCGUACAAUACUAAGUUUGUUCACAGAGAUAACAUGAGAUAAUUUUGAGAAAUGUGAAGAUUACCCAAGUCGCGUCGCCAAGGCAUCUGUGAGGACGGUGAUCUUUAUCAUUACCAUAACCGAGACAUAUUACUAAGGGCAUGGAUGCGUUAAUGGGGAUAAAUUUUGACAUAUUUUCGGGAUUUCUCGUAUAGUCAAAAGCCUCGAGCGUAAAACGGCUGAUGUUGCGAAUCAGAAUUGGCACUUCCGACCUUGGCGGUUAAGUCCUCAAUGUGGCAAAAAGUAGGGGUUCUAAAAGAUUUAGGUACACGUAUGUGUAACAUGUAGAAGGGGACCCACAAAUUAAGUAAUAAAUAAUACAUGUCCACGAUAACACUAGCACGUAUAUAACCACCGAUCUGUAAUUCCGAGAACAAGUCUGGGUCCAAAAUGAAAUUAUUCUUAGCACAGUUAUUGUUCACCUGCCUGCUUUUUGGCGCGAUGGGACGUGCUGAAGUAAAUUAUAACUUAGAAUUGAGGCAGUCCACUAAUAUUACGAAACCAGUGGAGUGUUUAAUCAAAACUAUAAAUGAUUUCCUAAUCAAACCACUGCAGGCGGUUACAUCAUCAGUGGUAAAUAUCUUCGCAGGUAUCGCAGCAGUUGCGCAGGGUGUCACCAAAUGUUUGAACCACUUAAUAUCGUUUGACGGCGAAGCCUUCACCAAGUGCGUCACUGAAGCCCUCCGAAACUCUCGGGAAAAAUUCCCACUCGAAGACGUCAUUGGCAUCAUCAAGAACAACACGUUCGUUGCUGAUUUGAAAGCAUGUGUUCAACAGUAAAUACUUAUACAACUAACGUCCUCUCAAUCUCCUCAAUCGAGUAAAUCGCUGUACUGAAACAUUAA